GACUCCUCCCUGCGCUCCGCGGCUCUCCCACCUCGCCCGCCUGGCCCUCCAACCGGUCUCCGCGGGCGGGCUCCUGGCUCAGCGCCCUCCCUCCGCGUAGCCCUCGCGGCGCGUCACCGCCAGGCCGGCCUCCGCGCGCCUCCCUCCCUCCGCCUCCUCUCCAGCUCUACGCGAUCCAGCCUGGGGCGGCGGAGGAGCAGCCGGAGCGCGACCGCCGCGGCGGCCACCCUGCAUCCGCGGAGCCGAGGCGCAGUCCCUAGGCCCUGGAGCCCGGGCGGGCCCCUGGGGAGUUGACGCCGCUCCCGGGGGGUUGCCAGGCUGGCCUCUGCCCGGCGUGGAGGGCGCGCAGGCUAUCCCUGGUGAUCUUGGAAGAGUCCACAUCAUGGCAUCCAUCUCUAUGUUGGGGAGCCCUAAGAGCCUUAGCGAUACUUUUUUGCCUAAUGGCAUAAAUGGUAUCAAAGAUGCAAGGAAGGUCACCGUCGGUGUCAUCGGAAGUGGGGACUUUGCCAAAUCUCUGACCAUUCGACUUAUUAGAUGUGGCUACCAUGUGGUCAUAGGAAGUCGAAAUCCUAAGUUUGCUUCCGAAUUUUUUCCUCAUGUGGUAGAUGUCACUCACCAUGAAGACGCGCUGACGAAAACCAAUAUAAUUUUUGUUGCUAUACAUAGAGAACACUACACCUCCCUCUGGGACCUGAGACAUCUGCUGGUGGGUAAAGUCCUGAUUGAUGUGAGCAAUAACGUGAGGAUAAACCAAUACCCAGAGUCCAAUGCUGAAUAUCUGGCUUCCUUAUUCCCGGACUCCCUGAUUGUCAAAGGAUUUAAUGUUGUCUCAGCGUGGGCACUUCAGUUAGGCCCUAAGGAUGCCAGCCGGCAGGUUUAUAUCUGCAGCAACAAUAUUCAAGCUCGACAACAGGUUGUUGAACUUGCGCGGCAGUUGAAUUUCAUUCCCGUUGACCUGGGGUCAUUAUCAUCAGCCAGGGAGAUCGAAAAUUUACCCCUGCGACUGUUUACUCUGUGGAGAGGGCCAGUGGUAGUAGCCAUAAGCCUGGCCAUGUUUUUCUUCCUUUAUUCCUUUGUCAGAGACGUGAUACAUCCAUAUGCUAGAAACCAGCAGAGUGACUUUUACAAGAUUCCUAUUGAGAUUGUGAACAAAACCCUGCCCAUAGUUGCCAUUACUUUGUUGUCCCUGGUAUACCUGGCAGGUCUCCUGGCAGCUGCUUAUCAACUGUAUUACGGCACCAAGUAUAGGAGAUUUCCACCUUGGCUGGAGACAUGGUUACAGUGCAGAAAACAGCUUGGAUUACUAAGUUUUUUCUUCGCUUCGGUGCACGUUGCCUACAGCCUCUGCUUACCAAUGAGAAGGUCAGAGAGAUACUUGUUUCUCAACAUGGCUUAUCAGCAGGUUCAUGCAAAUAUUGAAAACUCUUGGAAUGAAGAAGAAGUUUGGAGAAUUGAAAUGUAUAUCUCCUUUGGCAUAAUGAGCCUUGGCUUACUUUCCCUACUGGCUGUCACCUCCAUCCCUUCAGUGAGCAAUGCUUUAAACUGGAGGGAAUUCAGUUUUAUUCAGUCUACACUUGGCUAUGUCGCUCUGCUCAUAAGCACUUUCCACGUUUUAAUUUAUGGAUGGAAACGAGCUUUUGAAGAAGAGUAUUACAGGUUUUAUACACCACCAAACUUCGUUCUUGCUCUUGUUUUGCCCUCAAUUGUAAUUCUGGGUAAGAGCAUUUUACUUCUGCCAUGUAUAAGCCGAAAGCUAAAGAGAAUUAAAAAAGGCUGGGAAAAGAGCCAAUUUCUAGAAGAAGGUAUUGGAGGAACAGUUCCUCACCUCUCACCAGAGAGGGUUACAGUGAUGUGAUGUGAUGGUAAGUGGUGCUGGCUGAUGCCAUAUCAAGGUCUUACUCGUGCCAUUAGCUUUGACCUCCGCCAUGUUCAGUUGCCAGUGCAUUGUCAGAUUGCUGUGGGCUGAACCCUGUUCCAUGUGCUCUCAGCCAAAUUACUGGUAGAAUUUUCUUCCAAUUAUUUUUCACAAAUGUCCUAUUUUGCCAAUAUGAAUUUUUGUAGUUAACUUAUUGUUGAAAUUUAGGUAUGGUUUGUUUUGUUUUGCACAACUGUAAUACUAUUGUUAUUUUAAGAGAUUGCAUUCCACAAUCAGGCAAAAAUAUUUGUAGUUAAUAAUGUAGAUACAGUAUGAUGUUGAGAAAAUUUUGCAAACCAGGAGAAUUUUAAGUUUUAAUAUAAUUCAAUAGAUAACAUUUUUUUUUUUCUGAAGCUUAAGUAAGGUUUUUCAUUGUUAGCCAGCAUAAGAAACAGAAAUGCAUAAUUGUACAUUAGUUUUAAGAAAGGACACAUGACAUUAGCAUCUAGCUAAGGGUGCGUGGUAACAUUCCUGUAUUUCUCUCCUAAGAUAGGAUUUGAAGAAUGUAAUUAAUUUUAAAAACCAAUGUGAUUAUGUGAACAAACACAAAUUAAAAAGACAAAUUGAACCCGAAAUUGUAUUUAAAAUGCGUGGAGACAGGAAAUACAUACUGAUAAUCUGUACCUCAUGAAAGAUUUUCUUCUUUCUCUUAUUACAGAGCAGUCCUAUUUGCAUAUUAAGAUAUUGUCAAGGAGAAGCCAGUAACACCUGGCCUCUGAGAUUGAUUUUUCUAAUAUAGUUCCAAUCCUGGGAAUCUUAUAAUAGUUUCUGGUCAGAGGGAAAGUGUUACGUUUACACACAGGUAGUUGUUUGACAACUGAUCUUUAUUGUUGCGCCUUAGCCAGUCACCACUCUCUAUGGUAUAGGAUUUUAUAGAAGUUCAUGGAGGGAGUAUAACAUGCCAGGUACUGUUCUCAGCGCUUUACUUGUAUUAUCCCAUUUAAUACUUAAAACAACUCCGUGACAGAGGUAGUAAUUAUCCUCAUUUCACAUGUGAGAAAAACUGAAGGAUAGAAAAGUUACGUAAUUUGCCCAAGCUCAUGGAGUUAGUAAGUGGCAGAGCCAGCAUUCAAGUCUGGGCAGUCACAUUUCAGAGGCUGUGGUUUUAACCACUAGUCUGUAUGGCCCCUGACCCAUCCCCCGCAUUACAGUCAGGAUGCCAAUCUAGAGGCUUCCUCUUUUGUAUAAAGUCAUUGACAUUCUUUAGAGUGAGUUGUGGGUACCAAAAGAAGUAUGAAAAUAUUGCAAUCAUAUAUUUAUUAUUCCUUGUGGGAUAAUCCACACUUAUCCUGGGGGAGAGGGGAUCUUACCUGGGACAUGACCCUGGAGACUGCUCUCUACGCAGUAAGGGACUCCAGCAGAGAGAGGACCAUAGCAGUUUUAAUGAAUGGCUGAAGUCCUGCAGAAUCUUAAAAAGUCCCUGUAGAGUUGGUCGUCAAUUUUUCUCUUCUUGAGAAGUCCUCCUGCCUGCUCAACCAUUCGUUAGGGAGCAAUUUGCAAGUAGGAUGGAUAUUAGAGUAAAUGGUCCAUUAUAAAUCCACUCUAGAGAUAUAAUCACACAAAUUACUCAUAAAAUUUUUCAGUACUGACAUUCCACACUAAAAUUGCAUUUUAUUCAAACUUUGGUUAGAAUGCCCUAGAUUUUUUUUCCAUUUGCUCUUUUCUUGUUAAAAUAAAAUUAAAAAAAAAAUGCAGAUAAGAUACAGUGAUACGCAUUCCUCUGAAAUUAUAACAGUUCUAAACUUACCCAUUGAGGUAUAUACUGAAUCCAGCUGCCAAAAGUACAAGGACUUUUUCUUAAUGGAGGAUAACGUUUCCCACCAAUGGCUCUCACUACCUUGGCAUUAUGUCACUUUGCUAAGUCACUCAUGAUUCUCUGCUGUUCUUUUCUUGGUGGAUUUUAAUAUCUGCUAUUUUUUAAUUGCUCUAGCUUUCCAUUUUCUUUAAUUAUAUUCUUCCCCUCUUGAUAAUCACUUAGUUCUUAGGAGAAAUUCAGUUGGGUGAUAACUUUUAAAGGUAAACACCUAUAAACUAUUGUAGUGGACUAGUGAAAUCAACAGCAUACUUUCAAUACUUUCUUAUUCCUUAAGUUUCACUGUCUUAAGACCAUAGGUUCACCAUUUAAGGUAAAAAUACAAUGAAAUAUUUUUAAGUUAGAGCACUAUUGAAGUAUAUUGUUGCAUGUAUAUAUAAAAUAGCCAAUAAGUAAAAUUAUCACUAAGACAGAUAAAUGGGGCCUUUGAAAAUACGAGAAAAGUGUUUUUAUGAAAAUGUAUAUAAGGUGUAACUGUUGUUUCAAAUGAUAUCUCCUUUUCUCCUUUACACAGAUGAAAUUAAUUUUGAAGUUUUAGAAUAAAUGUAAUAUAUUCAUUAUAAUUCUUAAUUAUUAAGUCUUUCUAAAAAUGCAAAAAUAUUGACUUUUAAUUGCUUUAUUUAUUUGAGUUUUAAUUACUUUAUUUUACUAUUUCCUAUCUCAUUAUUUUUCUUCAUCACUGUUAUUCAUAAUCAUUUUCUUUUAAGUCACUACGCUGGCCUCAGAAAUAGGAUUGAAUUGUUUUUGCUAGAUGUGAGAAAGUGGAGGGGAUUUUAAAGUAAUAUGGAUUUGUUUCCUAAUCUGUAUUUUGAGAAGUGCCCCUGGGAAUAUUAUAAGAAUGUAGAAAAUAUACCCGGUCUUAAACCUAUGCAAAAAAAUCAAGUAAUUUUUUUCCUGAGAAGAAAAUAAUUGUGGACUGAAUCAUGCUACUUACCUGUUUUGUGUGCAGAUUUCUUGUCUCCUCUAUUAAUAAUUUUAAAAAUCAUGUUUAAAUAUAAAUGUAUUCAUGCUGACAUAUAUUUUUCAAAGCAUAUAUGGAAAUUUAGCCAAGAUUGCCUACAUUUAGAGAUUUUUAUUUAAAUUUUAAAAUAUUUUAAAGUAUGAAUAAAUUAUAUUUAUAAGUAUUUAUCAGAGAUGAUUAUUUUGUACUACAUAAAGGAUUGGCUAAUGAACUCCAGUGUUAAACUACCUGAUUAUUUUCUUAUAAAUUGGCAUAAUCCUGACUUAAGUAAUUUUACUUUCAAAAUUAAUUUGGUAAUAGUAACAUAAAGUAUAUUCAUAGUCAAAUUAUGAAAAUUAUUUGUGUAAAAGGGCUUCAAGAAUAUAUCAUAUUCAAUUUUUGUAUUGUUUAUCUCUUAUGUAAUAUGAUUCUUUUAAAUUGCUUUUUACCAUUAAACUAUUUCAUAAUAAAUUCUGUAUAGAGCUCCCCCAAAAAAUGUGAAAUUAUUUGUGAAAUGAAGGUUUCUUAGGUGAUAUUUUAAAUGGAGUACCAUAAAUGUAAUUCAUUAUUUCUUUAUGAAGAACCUGUAUCAGUCUAUAAAAUCUGUUUUGAAACAAGUAUUUACUCAGCCUAAAAUGUUGUGUUGAACUUAUUUUGUAAAUUCACGACUUAAAGCAGUGUUACACAUCGUAAAACAUACACCUGUCCAGUGUUAAGAUUAGUAUUUGUGACGUGUCAUCAGAAAAGGAGAUGUACUAUCUUCAAUUGUUCAUAUGACAGUAAGUCAGUAAAACAAAUUCCGGUAUGUAUGCAGUAUAUGUAAUUGCUCUAAAUGGAACUGUAAUCAUCUUAGUGGAAACACAGUCUGUUCUUACCUUUCAAUAGUGGAUUUUACAGUAAUGAAUAGGUUCUUCAAUUUUUAAUGCAAAAAAAUUAUAAAGUGGUAAUAUUCAGAAAUUCUCUCCAUAUGAUACCAAAAAUAUUUAGUUCAGCCUAACACAUGUACAUACUGAGAUCUUUAGCUUUCCAAAUCAUUGGAUCUCUAUCGUGAAGUCAUCCAAAAUUAGGACAGACUAUAUGGAUACAUCCAGUGGCUAGAUAGGCUAAAUUCAAUCACCAAACCAGGUGCUUUUGUCUGAUUUCCAAAAUGCCAACUUCUAGGAAGUAUUCUCUAAAGAUUUUCUUUAAUGGUCUUUCAUAGCUUUUUAGAUAUCCAACCUGAACAGGGACUGUUCUUUGAAAGCUGCUGCCCAUCCAAUUCCUCAGUUGCCCUUGCAGUUAGGUGUUCCCAUGUGACUGAGUGUUGGCCAGUGAGAUGUAGGGGGAACAAAUGAGUGACUUCCUGGAAGUCUCUUCAAAGGAAAGCAGCAUGUGUUCUGUAUCUUAUUCUUCCAUCUUGCUGCUGCCAGUAUGGAUAUGACAGGAGCCCUAAGGAUCAAGGCCACACCCAAGGAAAGCAUGUUAGAGACUAAAAAGAUCUUGACUGCUUCACUACUUGGACUGCCUUUUCCUGUAUUUAAGCCAUUGUAAAUUUUGGUUUCUUUAUGUGAAGUCAAAAAUCAAUCCAUUCUGGCCUUUAGUUGUUGUUGUU